UCGGUACCACGUGCCUGGCGGAGCAAGUGGUGCCAAAUGGAAACUUCCGUGUCCCUGUCGACUUAUUCAGAAUACCAGUAGAAAUUCGACUCUUCGCUGUGCGUAUGACCGGUACGCGUGUGACGUGGUCGCCGUCACCGAUGGCGGUAAUAAAAAUUGUUUUUUAUAUUUUUUUUUAAUUUUUUUUUUAUUGUUUAUUCUUCUACGAGCUGGAUGUAACCGUUCGACGUUGUUGAAUAAAUAUUUGCUUCUUAUUUUUUAUUUUUAACAGUAAAAUUUUGCAACGAAAAAAGGUCUAAGGGCAUUUUGGCUGGUAUAAUUUGCCAUAAACGAUGGAUCAAGAUGAAGACCCAAAACCGGAAGGCAAACGUCGGCAAUCAUUAAGCAUCGACAAAGCAGCGUUUCUAUUACUUAGGAUAAGACGAGUGUUCAAAAAGAGAAGUCAAAGUCAACAGCUAGAGAAAAGAGAUAAAUUGGGGUCACGUGAACAACCUCCACCACUUCUGCGAUCAAGUACUUUACCGGCUAUUAUUGUGCCUGGUCUUAAUAUUUUACAUGCUCAAAUUGGUCCAAACUCCACACAAAACGGUGGAAUUAGUGGGAAAAAAUGCAGCAAGCCGACAUCAUCGGCAAACGUAUUCCGAAAUUCGUGUGUUAAAUUUUCACCACAGUCAUCUCCUAAUAAACCUUGUAAAUCUAGUAAAUAUAAUUAUAAGGAUCCAUAUCGUAGAAGUAGUGGUGACUUGAAACACACUCGAUCAGUUUUUUUAAAUGAGGAGGAAGAAAGAGAUGGUAAGAAUAUCAACGUGAACGGCAUUUUGGAAUGGUUUCCAAGGUCAGUAUCUUCAGACAGCAUAGUGGAAUCGACGUAUUGUGUGGACUUGGUGAGAAGAUUGCCGUCUCCAUUGUCCAUAAAGGUGAAAGGACGAUUUUGUCCCGGUACUUCAAUAUCGUCUCAAAGAAACAGUGGUGGUUCCGGUACGGAGUCUCAGUCAAAGCAACACCGACAACACAAUCAACAAAAGAGAGAUUCGCAAGUUCACAACAUCAACAUUCAUUUGCACGGCCUGUUUGCCGCGGUCGAACACGGUCAAUUGGAAAAAGCUAAAAAUAUAUUGACUACUUGCGAAGUUCAAGUUAAUAGUGUUAACAGUGACGGAUUGACUCCCUUAGAUGUUGCCUUCUUGGGCAACGAUCAUGAACUCGUUCGUCUUUUGUUGUCACACGGAGCCACAGAAGAAACAAGCAUGAAAAACUUGGAGCCUCAUUUGUUGAAUCUGCUCAGUGAAGCGGAACGAAGGGUACUAGAACUCAGACUAUGCGGUAACCAAGAUAAUUUGCAGACCAAAACCUUGGCAUUAUGGGAGAGGCGGAAACGAGGAUUAAAAAAAAUGCUUAUUGGAUUCGAACACGCCAAACCUCCAGAUAAACCUGAAAAAAUUAUUUUGCAAGUGACGGGAAACGACUCCGUCAGCGUAUCUUGUAUUGAAGCAGACAACCCUGACAGUGCCAUUUGCACAAAAUUUAAUAUUGAAUGGAGCACGUCUGAGUCAUUUAAAAGUGUCGCAGGGACUAUAUGUAUGCCUGCAACCGACGGUAAAGUUACUAUUAGCAACUUGGAACAUGGAAAAACUUACUAUUUUAGGUGUAACGCUGGAAACCUGAAAGCAUUUAGUGAAUACCUAGAUCCGGUUCCCAUUACUGUUUCGAGUUGGUGGGACGUGUGCCAAGAAUCCCGUCGUUGUACGUCAGUUAUGAAAGUCAAGAUGGAUGAUAUACUUGACAAGAUGAUCUCCAUCCGGCCUGACUUGCACAGGUCGUCGUUCGAAGUAGGUGGUGGUAUCGAUAACACUGCGAGUACAAAAAAGAGGAAGCCGCCUACAUUUAAACAUCUGUUUAGUGGUAAUACUAAACUUCAUAAGAAUCUCCGGAGAGGUGUAUACCUUUCCUGUCUCCUAUACCACGAAGACAAAGUUUUAGUUUCUAACGAGGACUAUUUGCCUGUAGUAGAGAUUGAUGACACUUACCCAAAAGAAAUGCUCAAUGAUUUCCAUUGGUUUUAUAAAGUAGCUUUCGCAUGGAAAGAUCUCAAAUGGCUUAAAGAUGAUUUGGAAAAGUCUACCAACAGUUCGUUCAGUUUUAGAACAAAAAUUAUUCAGGCCGUUAUUCAAAUGCAAGAUGUAUUAAACUCACAAAACUUAGGUAAAGUUUACUAUAAGCCGAUUCGAGAUUCGGACGGCACGACUGUGAUAUGUAUGGUAAGCAACGUAAGUCAGCCGAAAAAUAUUGUUAAUCUUAAAUGGACACCUAUGACAAAAAUCUUAAAAAAAUCUUCUCGCUCUGAGAACUUAACAGAUUUAUUGAUUUCAUCGAUUCAAGAUCAAAUCAUGUUUCAUCAGACCAGCUGUAACCGGUUACCAAAAGGUUUAUAUGUUGGUUAUUUGCUAAUGAGGAGCUCGGUAGACAUGUUGCAUGUUAUGGUACCAUCACAGAAUCCUAAUAUGCCAGCUUGUUGCAAAGUCCGAGAUAACCCACAUGUCACUGCAGAAGAGUGGUUAUGGUUAAGACAAGGUAUCAGUAGCGGUUCUUGUGAAACGAAGUGUUUAGGGUUCAUGUCUCAAUUCAAAAUGGCCACAAACCGUUUAUAUUCACUUGUGCAAAUUCCGAAAGAUAAACGUUCUGUGCAACGCAUUUACACGAGUGAAGUAAUUGAGGUUGACCGUGAUGUGAGUUUGAUUAUGAUCGUGCCACCUGCAGAAGUAGCUUGCGCUGUGGGUGAGAGUAGUCAUUCGGCUCUUCACUUACAACGUACCGAAUUAGUUCCACUCACCGUUCAAGUAUUUGAGAUGAUACACUUUGGAACUUACCGUGCCAAUACACUAUUGCUUUACGCUCGACUAUCUAGUGUCGUACAAAUGGAUACCGACGACGCACGGUAUUCUAUACGACAAGCAUGGAGUUCUUCGGAUUUAGAAGCGGCCAAACUGCGCUUAGAUACCGUGGAAACAUUAGAAACACGUUUGAACGCUGCUUGGAAACAUCUGCGUUGGCUGUUAGAUGUAAUGAACUUUGCACGAGAACGGCUAUUCACCUCUCAAAUGUCUAAUACUAACUAUUCCAAGAGUGCUAGCAAUAGUCAGUUAGAAAUGAAAUCAGUCAAGAGCAAUUCCCUAUUACAGUUACCAGACACAAAAUUAGUCAAAUCUCGAGGUAGUUGGCCGGGACCAGGAUUGAAUUCCAUGCGUACAUUGGAAUCGGUGUGUCCAGAAAUAAGUCGUAGUGAUCAAUAUUUAUCACCAUCUCCACAUGACAGGGGAUUCAUAUUAACUAGUAAACAAAGUUGUUCCUCGGAAACCAGUGGAGAUAGUAAAGACGAUCCAGAUUACAUCGAGGAACAAGUGUCAGAUAAAUCGGACCAUUCGUUUAAGACUCCGCUAGAUUCAUCUAUAAAAGAACUGCCGACUGUAGUAAAAGUAGAUAGUGAAGAGUAUGUAACUCCGACUCUCAAAAGUGAAGGAUUAGUCCCUGUACCAGCCCCUGGUAUCAUAGAGGUGCAUGCAGCGUAUGAUACUGGUCUCUCUCACCCAGCCAGUCUUACAUUGCAUAUAAGUCCAACCACAUCUGCUCGUGAAGUGGUUCAAUUGUUCCUGCAACAGCUUAACAUGUCAGUUUUAGUUAAAGGAAAGACUGGUCCUAUUUAUCCAAGUACGGAGUUUGCCAACUUUUGCUUAGUAUCAGUGACCGGCGCCCGGGAACGCUGUCUUCGCGAUGAUUUCAAACCGUUACAACUGACUGAACCCUGGCGCAAUGGUCGCAUGUAUAUUCGCCACAAACAAGAUGUAUUAGCCGCCUUGGAACUACAUUCGUCCAUACCGACCAAACACUGAAUCAACAGUUUUUGUACCUUAAUAUUAAUAAUAAUACAUUAACAAACAUACCUGUAACUCAUAGUAUUAUUAUGAAAAAAGCGUGUAAACUUUUAGUGAUGUGCUAAUUCAUCAUCUAACCUAAUAGCAUUAAUGAACUAUAUGUAUUAAUUAGUUGUAUAAAAUUAAUGUGUUUUAAUAAUUUAUUACUAAAUUGAUCGAUAUCAAAAAUAUAAUUUGUUUUUAUUGGAUUCAUAGUAUAUUUGUCAAUAAAUGUAUCAAUGUUGUA